AUGGCCAAACGCAAAGGCCCGAAGGCGUGGGCCUCAGAUGAUUCCGAUGGUGAUUUAAGCUUGGUACUUGACGGCGAUGACGAGGAGAUGGAUGAUGAUGAGCAGAGUGAGCUGGAGGAGGAGCAGCAGCCCAGCCCACCCGCCAGCAAGCCCGCCGCCAAGGCCGGCAAAGGCUCCCGCGCUGCCGCCGCGGCACCCCCUGCCAAGCUGCCCGCGGCCAAGCAGCGCGGACAGCCGGUCAAGCAGCCAGCGAUGGCAGCGGCAAAGCCUGUGAAGAGCAGCGGGGCAAAGCAGCGGCAGCAGCAGGAGGCUAGUCUAGCUGCCGCCGCUGCACGCCGACUUGCCUCUAAGAGGGGAAAAGACGCGGCAGAGCCGCAAAAGGCUGGCAUCCGCAGCGGCGGCAAGCCCGCGGAACAGCAGAAGCGGCAGCAGGCGGCAGGCAAGAAGGCGGGCGGCGGCGCGCGGGACAAGGCAGGAUGGGCGGCACCACAGGCAGCGAGCAGCGACGAGGAGACCACAAGCAGCGGCAGCAAGGAUGAGGAGCCGCAGCAGCAGCGCCCAGGGCCGAAGAGGCAACUGGCCGGCAAGCGGAAGCAGCCUGGUGCAGUUGGCGAGCCCCGGCAGGACGUGGCGGCUGAUGAGGAGGACAGCCAGGAGCAGCAGCAGCAGGGGAAGCGUCCAGGCAAGCGCCAGCGCGGCGAGGCGCUGCCCCCGCCAGCGCCGCAGCCCGCACUGCCGGCGCAGCAGGCUCGGCAGCAAUCGGGCGGCAGCAGCAGGAAGCAGCAGCAGCCGCGAGUCGCUGCCUUGCCGGCUGCUGGGCCCAAGGGGAAGCAGCCAGCGGGGCGCCCCCCCACGCCCGUGGCUGCCGCAGCAGCAGAUCAGCCGCUGGAGAUGUCGGCGCCGCCGCCGUCUGGCGGCGCCAAGGCGCCUCGCCCGCCAUCUGCGGCAGCCAGGAAGGCGGAGCAGCAGCAGCAGCACGGGGCGGCGGCGGCUGAAUGGGAGGCUGGGGAAGGCGUGGGGGCGCAGGCAGAGCAGGAGGAGGGGGCGGGGCAGGGAUUUGCCGAGUACGCUUCGAUCGCCGACCCGGCUGCUGCCACCUCGGACUUCCUGCUGCGCCGCCUCACCAUGCCGCGCAGCCGAGAGGCGGGCACCAUGCUGCUGCGCCCACACCUGAAGGAGGCGCAUGAUGCCCUGCUGGACAGCCUGACCAACACUGUGGACCUGGGGCACAACAACUCGCUGCUGGUCAUGGGUCCGCGCGGGUCGGGCAAGAGCCUGGUGCGCGGCGGCAGCAUGCUGGCUGGGGCUGGAGGGGGCCUGCUGGUGGAGCGGGCCCUGGCUGCGCUGGAGGCGCGGUGGAACCAGGACCCUCGGGAUCCGGUGGUGGGCGUGGUGCGGCUGACGGGGCUGGCACAAGCCGAGGAGCGGGCCGCGUUCAGGGAGGUGGCCCGCCAGCUGUGCGAGGUGUUCAAGUAUUCCUUCAGCCGUGGCGCCUCUGUGGGGGAAAACAUCGAGUUCCUGCGCGGCAUGCUGGCGGCGCUGGCCAGCUCCGACAAGUGCGCCGUGUUUGUGCUGGACGAGUUCGACCUGUUUGCCACCAAGCGCUCCAAGCAGACGCUGCUGUACAACCUGCUGGACACGCUGCAGACCAGCGGCAUGCAGGCUGCGGUGGUGGGGCUGACGGUGCGGCAGGAUGUGAUUGAGAUGCUGGAGAAGCGGGUGAAGAGCAGGUUCAGCCACCGCAAGCUGGACCUGUCGCUGCCCACCAGCGUGAUGCCGGUUCUGCCCAGGCCGGCGGAGGAUGGGCGGCCGGUGCAGGAGGCGGGGCAGGACGGGGCGAUGGGUGUGCUCCAGGCCAUGCUGACGCUGCCGCCCGAGUUCCCCCACCGCCGCUAUGCGGCGGCGUGGAACGCGUCUGUGGAGGCAGCCGCGGUUGCGCGCGAGGUGCGCAGCCGGCUGCAGGAGUGCAUCAACAUCUACCCCAGCCUGCGCCACCUGGCCAACAUUGCUGACCUGCUGGCCGCGGUGGACGACCAGCUGAGGCAGCGCAAGGGGAUGGUGGAGGUGGUGGCGGGGCUGCCCAUCCUGGGCCUCAUCCUGCUGGUGGCGGUGCACCGGGUGACGGCGCGGGACGCUGGGGACCUCAACUUUGAGAUGGCCUUCCACGAGUAUCAGCGGUACACCCUGCACGGCGGGCACGUGGACACCUACGAGAAGCCGGCGCUGGCCAAGGUCUGGGACGAGCUGCUGGAUGCGGGGCUGGUGGCCUUUGUGGACCCGCGGAGCGAGGCGCGCGUGGCGACGCACCCCUACGCUGCCGCCUACCUGCAGCUCACUCGGGAGGAGGUGCAGGAGGGCAUGGAUGCCCACUGGAACUGCCCACACGCGCUGAAGGAGUGGUUCAAGAGGGAGGGCGGCGUGGGCAGCACUGCUGCCCAGUUCUUCUGA